CUCGGAUUCUCGGCUUCGACUUAUCACGCUGUGAUCUGGUACUUGGGCUAACCCCUGAAUGGAACGUGUGUCGACUCGGGCUCGAGGACAACCCGUUACAGUGGAAGAUCCUCCCCGUGUACAUUCACUCAUUCAAUCGUUUCAAGGCGUCAGUCACUAGAGGAUUCCCUUCUUCGGUUGCGCUGGAUCAUAUCUGCUGUCGAACACGUUCACCGCUGAAUGGCUUUGGAAUGAUGCUCAGCUUGGCUAACUUGCGCCGUUGGUGUUGAUCGCUUCUGCGUGCUGUUUCCAAUGCGCGGUGACCUGCACCUCUCGUAUAAAGGUGGUGAUCUUCAAAGGACACAAUAACUCCCCGUAAUUCUCGAGAACAUGGCGCCCGUUAAAUUCAUCUCUCCGUAUGUCAUCUCAACCGUUACAAUUCCUGUAAGGAAGAACAACACCAUAACCAUCUUCGGUGUCGGCACAACGGCUCAAGGCCAGAAGCAACGCAUCCUCAUCUAUGUCGUCAACCUGGCAGGCGAGGUCCUUGGCACGAUGACAAGAUUCCACUCCUCUGGCACCGGUUCCCUGCCACUUCAGCAAGUGGACGGAUCUCAGGCUUACACGCAUCCUGCUUACAACGAAGAGACCAAGGUCUACGUUGAGUUCCAAAGCCAGCCCGAGGAUGGGGGUGAACAGUGGGCGUCAGGGCCCGUGGACACGACGAAGUUUAUCAUACUUCCAGGAACACCGGGUGUCAACGACGUCAGGGCAGACGUUAUCCCAGGUCAGGUUGCAGGGACUGAUAAAGUCCACGCUACCAUGACUAUCGUCCAAAUGCCGGUCGCAGCAAAGUGA